CACAGAAAGUGCCACGACUCCACAGACCACGGAUACACGGAGAUAUCAGGAGAGCCUGAGUCUUGGGAUAGCCACAUAUUUCUCUUUGAAUGUGAAAAUAACUUUAAACAUCGCUGGACCUAUUCUAUUUCCCUGGCAGGACUGACGUUUGCAGAAAAUAAAGAAGGUCGGCUUUAUUACACAUUGAAUUGACAGUCAUGGACAUCUACGACCCCCAAACGCUUGGCAUUAUGGUCUUCAGUGGCUUCAUGCUGAUCUCAGCCAUUGGCAUUGCCCUGGUCUCCACCUUCUCCAUGAAGGAGACGUCUUACGAGGAGGCCCUGGCCAAGCAAAGGCAGGAGCUCAACAAGACCCAGACCCAGACCCAGCGCUCAGAGAAGAAAAAGAAAGACAAGGCACUGGACAAACGAAACCGAGGGAAGAAGAAGGAUGACAAGCCCAACGGGAAGCUUCCUGACACGGAGUCUGCAACGCCUGACCUGAGUGAGUCCGAGGGCACCCCGACACCAGCCGCUGAACCCAAACGAGACCCGUCCCCUGUUCCUGAGGCGGUGGUGGCUCCAGUCCCCACCCCAACCCCUGCUCCUGUCCCCGUGGUUGCCGCUCCUGCCCCUGCUCCAGUUUCUGCCCCUGCCCCGUCUAUGUCAGCCCCGCCACGGCCUGCUCAAGUCGAGGCUCCAGCCGCCCCCUCUCCGAAGGACAAGAAGAAGAAGGAGAAGAAGGUGGCCAAAGUGGAGCCGGCUCAGUCCCAGCAGGCUGCCCCCGCAACCCCGAAACCCGUUGCUUCCAAGCCUGAGGUUGUGGUCAAAGAGGUUCCUGUGAUGGCGGUGCCCCCAGUGGGCGCCCAGAAAAGCGCACCCCCAGCUGCGCCUGCUGUUGCUUCUCUGCCUGCUAAAGCUGAGGAACCCAAAGCUGAGGCCCAAUCCAAGAAGAAGGGAGGCUCCAAGAAGAAGGCUGAGCCAGCUGCUGUGGCAACGGACUCAGUGGAUGCCCCCCUGUACUUGCCCUACAAGGCCCUGGUUUCCACAGUGAAGAGCAUGAUGUUCAGCGAGGGGGAGGCCCAGCAGCUCAUUGAGAUCCUGAGCGAGAAGGCCGGAGUUGGAACCUGGCACACGGCCACUCAAAAGGGCGACCCCGUGGCGGUGCUGAAGAAGCAGCUGGAGGAACGUGAGAAGCAGCUGGCAGCCGAGCAGCAAGACGCCACUGCAGCCAAGAACCGCCUCCGCGAGAUGACCAAGGAGCUGUCUGCUGAGAAGUCUAAGGUGGCCCACACGGAGACGCGCCUGAGCACCAAGCUGAGCACUCGCGAGCAGGAGAUGGUGGCCCUGCAGGCGCGCAUGCAGGCCAGCUACCAGGACCACGUGGCCGAGACCCACAAGUCCAAGGCUAAGAUCCAGAGUCUUCAGGAGCAGCUGGAUAAGGGCCCAAGUGCUCAGAUGGUUCGCCUGCAGCAGGAGAACUCCAUUCUGCGCGACGCCCUCAACCAGGCAACCAGCCAGAGUGAGAGCAAGCAAAAUGCCGAGCUGGCCAAGCUGAGGCAGGAGUGCACCAAGCUGAGCAAGGAGGCGGGGGAGAAGAGCGAAGCCCUGCAGGCCGACGAGCAGAUCAGGAAGAACCUGGAGGCCAAGGUGGCAGCUGCCGAGAGCCAGUUCUCUCAGCUGCAGGCGAGCCGUGUGUCCAGCGAACAGGGGCUUCAGAGGCGCCUGGAGGAGGUGAGCGAGGAGCUGAGGGUGUCCCAGAGCAGCAACCGCAGCCUGCAGGCCCAGAUGGAGCAGGCCUCGCAGGAGGGCACAGCUCUCACAGACCUCCAGGCGCGGGUGGCGAGCGCCGAGGCGAGCCUGCAGGAGCGCGGGGUCCUGGUGGAUGCCCUGGAGGCCCGGCUGCUCCAGACUGAGCUGGAGAAGAGCCAGCUGGAAGACCAGGUGGGCUCCAUCCAUGUGCUGCUGGAGGCCAGCCAGAGCCGAGAAGAGGAUGACGACGAAGUGCAGGCCACAACCUCUGCAGAGCUGGAGCAAAUGAAGAACAGUCUGAAAGAGAAAGAGAGUCAGGUGGCUGCACUUGAAGAGCAACUGAAGCAGCUCUCAGAAAUGAAACCUGACACUAUCACUAAUGCUGUUGCAAACACUACAGAGGCAGAACAGCCACCCGGCGAAGAGCAGCAGAGUUUGAUAGCAUCACUUGAAGAGAAGCUAAGAAGUUUGAUGGAAGAGAUGGAGAGCAAAAAUGUCGGCAAUGCUGAGAUCACAGGCGAGCUGGAGCAGCUUAGGGUGAGUCUCAAAGAACGGGAGGCGCUGUUGGCAUCACUGGAAGCCGAGCUUCAACAUGUGAAGGAGGAGAAAGCCAAUGUUCCCAGCCAGGCUGACAACACAACUGAACUGGAAGCACUACAGAACAGCCUGAGCGAGCGAGAGAAGCAGGUGGCCUCUCUGGAAGAGGAACUGAAGCAAGCCCAGAGCAGCGCUGAUCCCCUGCCUGACCACACAGCAGAGUUGGCAUCACUGCAGAGCAGCCUGACAGAAAGAGAUGGCCUUGUCACCUCACUGCAACAGGAGCUGCAGAAGUUGAAAGAAGAGGAACAAUCAAAGGGCGAUGACAAAGGGGAGUUCACAGCUUUUCAGACAGAGACCAAAGAGGUUCUUCAUUCACUCUUCCCACAUAUCGACAUUCAGACAGAAGAGACCAAAUGGUUGCAGGACUUUGCACAGAAAGCACAGGAGACACUAACCCAAAGGCAACAGAGUCAGGAAACACCACAAAGCACAGAACUAGAGGAGGUGUUGGGGAAAUUGCGAGGUGCGGAGGAGAGCCAGACCACACUACAGGCCGAGUGUGAGCAGUACAGGAUCGUCCUGGGUGAAACGGAGGGCAUGCUGAAACACCUCCAGAGGAGCGUGGAGGACGAGGAGAAAGGGUGGAAGGUCAAGGUCACAGAGUUACAGGACCAGCUGAAAACGGCUCUAGAGAAGGUGCAGAGUCUGGAGGAGACGGCAGAAAGCGAGAACACAGACCAGCUGAAGGAGCAGGUGAUGCUGCUGGAGGCCCAGCUGGAGAAGCAGCUGGAGUCGGCCACGUCAGACCACAACUACUCCGAGGAGAUGACACAGCUGAAGCUCCUGUUAGAUGAAACUCAGCGUCAUCUGGACGUGGCGCAGAGGGAGGCACAGGCCCAGAGGGAGGAGCUGUCUCUGGUCAGAGAGCAGCUGAGUGAGAUGACGGAGCGCGCUCAGAGAGAGGACGAGACAGCGGGCCCGCAGAACGGCCAAUCAGAGCCUGAGGUCCAGGCUAAGUUGGCCUCCACGGUUUCCAAGCUGCAUGGAGAGGAGGGCCUGAGGCUGCAGGUGUCUGAGGAGUUUGAGCAGGCCCAGAGGACGGUGAUGGAGCUGCAGGACCAGCUAGACCUCCUGAAAGCCAGUGGAGAUGCCCCCACCUCUGACACGGAGGACGUGGCCGAGCUGAAGGAGCGACUGGAAAAGGAGAAGAAGCUGUCGAAGGACCUGGGUCAGGCUGCCACUAAACUUCAGCAGCUCCUCAAAGUCAGUCAGGAGCUACUCGCCAAAGAGAAGGACACAGUCAACGUCCUCAGGGACCAACUUAUAGGAAAGGUAACAGACAAAUAUGACCUAAGGCCAUAGUUGUCUUCAACUUUACAUGACAUUCCUGGUAUAUUUAAAAUAAGUUUGAGGUAUUUACCAUUUUGUUCAAACUAACUUAAAC